AUGCAUCACUAUUUACAUCUUUAUUUUUCUGUUUUAUGUUUCUCAAACAUUAUAUUUUCUCAAGAAGUUGACAAAUGUGCUGUAAAGAAAAAGUACAAUGAUAUUAAAAAAUCAAUCGAUGAUAAGAGGGAUGGAAUUUUCGAUAAAUUACUGGAAGAAUAUGGAAACGUCCCCCAGGAAUUAGAAGAUUUACUCAAAAACCUGACAGAAAAUUCUAAUUCGACCAGGCAAAAAUUGGAUGAUUUUGAAAACAAUAACCGGAAGUUGAAUGAAAAAAAUGACGAUCUGUCCUCUGAAAUAAAUUCAUUGUUAGAAGAAGUGGAAUAUUUGCAAGAUGAACUGAACAACCUUGAUAUCCAAGAUAAAAACCAAAAAAUAAAUACUGUCCCUGUAGCAAUGGAGGAUGUAGAAAACAUUGAAAAUGAUCUGAACAAUUGGGCAGAACUAGCUGAACAUUUGGACAAAAACAAACUAGCCAAUGACUCCAUGAAUUUACCUUACAGUAUUUCGGAUGAAAUUUCUUUCUUGGAACAAAUUAUGUCAAAUGAGAAUGAUGGCUCAUGUCUAGAUCAUUUCGAAAAUGAACUCAAAAGAACUUUCAAGGAACUAUCUGAACUUCUGGAGUUUGAUGGUAUACUAAGAGAAACUAACGAGGUCAAAAAAAUGUCCAACGUUAACAAAGAUCGGGCAAACGAGUUGUACAAACAAGCGGAAGGAAUAAUAGAAAAAGAAGAAAAACUCAAGGAAACUGAGCAGUUAGGAGAGGAAAUUUUACUCUUGGCACGAGAACUGGAUGAACUGAAAUCUGACAUCGAUCGGAAACAAAAAUGGGCAAAGCCUAAUUUCCGAGAAAAAGAUUUGGAAAAAUUAGAAGAACUUCUGAAAGAUUGGGAAGAUUACAAGAAAUAUGGAAAAUUUGACUUGAAAACUGUCCAACAGGAAAUCUAUGAGUAUUUGAAAGAAAUUGAUAGUAUUGAAAAAUACGUAAAUGAUUGUAGAAAUCGACAAAAAAAUGAAAUCAUAGAAGUACCUUAUAUUAUAAAAGAAAAGUGUGAAUUGUACCCAAAAGAUCAUUGA